AUGUCGCGAGAUUCGAACAAUCUCCCCGUCACUAAACGCUACAUCACCACCCACAGCACCGAGGGCGAGUCGGUGUUCAUCUCCCACUCUCAAAUCCCGGAAUAUAUCCCCUCAAAGCCGAUCAGCGAUGAUGGGGAUAUUGCUCUUCUCUACGCAACAGUAUCCAAUCCUGUCUCUGUGGACGACGAAACUGACGUCCAGGCUUACGAUGAGUACCUCCAUACCUCGCCCGGCUUGACGACUUCGCUUGGCACGGUACUACGAACCAUCGACCUGCGUCCAGGAAAGACAAGUCCCAUGCACCGAACGGUUAGCGUGGACUACGGAGUGGUUCUGGAGGGCGAGGUUGAUUUAAUCCUGGAUUCUGGGCAGAGUCGGAUAUUGCGGCGUGGGGAUGUGAGUAUCCAGCGAGGAACGGCGCAUUCGUAUAGGAAUCGGAGUGAUACGGAGUGGUGUCGAAUGUUGUUUGUCUUCUUGCCAAUGCAGAAAUUGACUAUUAAGGGUCGAGAUCUGGACCAGGAAGUGUAUGACGAGCACUAUGAUCACGAGAGCGGGAGUGAGAAUGAAUCACAAGCGGAAAUUGGAAAUGGGAAGAGCUCUUGA